AUGGCUAGGGAGGAGCUUAGAAACGACACUGAGCUGUCGAACAGAAGUGAAAAAGUCCAGGUUUCAGAUAAUGAACGUCAAAGGGAAGUGAGGUCUGAAGAUGUGGAGGAGUCCAACGCUCAGUACCGUCUAGACGCCGAUGCCGAGGUCAUCAAGGAUCGAGGUGUUUACCGUGUGGAGGCGCUCAAGAAGGUGCUUUAUUCUCAUGACAAGGGCCUUCAAAUGAGAAUCACCUUGGGUGUUUCUGUUCUUCUUUGUGCCUGGGCCACUUCUUUGGAUUCUUCAGUCACCAACAGUUUAAAGCCAUGGGCCACUUCUGCCUUUAAUCAGCACUCCAUGGGUCUAGGUACGUUGGCCAUUGCAGUGCAGAUUAUCGGAUCCAUUGCCAAACCUGUUUGGGCCAGAAUCGCCAAUAUCGUCUCCAGACCUAUCACAUAUAUGGUUUCGGUGAUUUUCUACACUUUGGGUUAUGUCAUUGUGGCCGCUAGUGACUCCAUUUCAGCCUAUAUUGUCGGAUCCGCUUUGGCCUCUGCUGGAAGCGCAGGUAUUCAAUUCUUGAACAGAGUCAUUGUGGCCGAUAUGACUUCCUUGAAAUGGAGAGCUCUUGCAACCUCCUCGUUAAGUACGCCUUAUAUUAUCAACACCUGGUAUGCCGGUUACAUUGUACUGGACUUGGGUCCGACUCAGUGGAGAUGGGGCUACGGUAUGUUUUGUAUUAUCAUGCCUGUGGUGCUUUCUCCAGCUACCAUCAUCAUGACUGUGUUCGAAAGCAGAGCACACAAGUACCUUGGUGAGCUGGAAAUGACAGACUACAAGGAGGAAAUGGGUUUCAAGAAGAACUGGAAAAAGCUCAUCUGGAGAGUCAUCAUUGAGGUUGAUGCCUUUGGCUUGUUGCUUCUUGGAUUUGCCUUUUCCUUGCUUUUGUUGCCAUUUUCCCUUUACAAAAAUGCAGAAGAUCAAUGGAGAAACCCCAGUUUGAUUGCCAUGUUCGUGGUGGGUGGUUUCCUUCUCGGGUUCUUCUUCGUCUACGAAUUCCUCAUUGCCCCAUUUCCUAUCCUUCCAAAAAGAUCCUUGAACAGAACACUCGUGGCCUCUAUUGUUAUAGAUUUCUUUUAUCAGCUUGCUGGAAUGGUGCCUGCGGUGUACUUUUCCUCUUUUGCAUGGAUUGUCAAGGACUGGAGCAACAGAGACUGGACCUACUUCAACAACACCAAGACAUUGACCCUUUGUGUUUUCGGUAUUGUUGCCGGUAUUUGCAUGAGAUUGAGUCACAGGUACAAGAUCUGGCAAUUUUUCGGUGUCACCUUGGCAAUGGUGGGUUCAGGUAUCAUGAUAGAUGGAAGAACCGCAAGUGACAAUACACUUCGGAUGAUCUGGUCCCACAUUCUUUCGGGUAUUGCUGGAGGAUUCAACGUCAAUGCUUCCAAUGUUGCUUUACAGGCCUCCGUGCCUCAUAGAGACAUGGCGGUGUCGAUGUCCAUUUUGUCCUUGUCGUCUUCCAUUGGUUCUUCUGUUGGUUCUGCGGUUUCUACUGCUAUCUGGCAAGGAAAGAUGGAGGCUGCUUUGAGAAAAUACAUGCCUGCUAGUGUUUCUGACGAACAGGUGAAGACCUUCUUUGCCAACAUCAGUAACCUCAGAAAGUACGAUUUUGACAGUGAACUCAGACAGGCUGGUAUCAAGGCAUACCGGGAAGUCAACUUCUACUUCUAUCCGAUUGCCGUGGGGUUGCAGGGUAUUCGUUUCAUUGCUGUUUGUUUCCAGAGUAAUUUCUUUCUUGGUGACACUCAGAAUGCUGUGGAGCACUAUGAUGGAAACCCCAUCACUGUUGAGGAGCAACAGAGAAAGAAGGAGGAGGAGGGUGAGGAUAAGAAAAAGAAGAGAAGUUGGAAGAAGAUUUUGCUCAAUGUGGAGGACUAA